GUUUCCGCUUCCGCCUGGCUGGGCCGAGGGAAGGCGGAGGAGGGAGCGGAGGGUCGCCGCCGUUCUCGUCGUCGCAGCCCCGGCGCGCCCCAGGAAAAUGUCUGACGACUUCUCGCUGGCAGACGCUCUACCAGAAAGUUCCCCCGGCAAGACAUCGGGAGUGGGCAGCACGAAACCGCAGCAGCCCAGCCAGCCCCCACAAGCCUGGCCGGCCUCCAAUCCCUGGAGCAGCACCCCCAGCGCUCCCCCCACAGCUCCGUCCGGAUUGCCUCCGAGCACGUCCACGUCCAACGUGCCCUUUGGACCCCCACCCUCCGGAAUGUAUCCUUCCUUGCCCCCCGGAGCACCUGUCCCUUUUCCUCCUCCAGGCUCUGCUUGUCCCCCCGGUGCGCCCUAUCCGCCUCCGGGCCCCGCCCCGCCGGGCCAGUACCCUCCCCCCAGCAUGCCCUUCCCGGAGCUCCCGAGGCCCUAUGGGGGCCCGACAGAGCCAGCUGCCCCUCCUGCUGCCGUUGGACCGUGGGGAUCCAUGCCUGGCGGCGGCUGGGGGCCCGCCGUCAGCGGCCAGUACCCUGCUCCUAGUGUGCCAUACCCACCCCCGGGGCCAUACUCCACCCCCACCCAAACCCCCGGAGCUGCUCCCACAGUGCCGUGGGGUGCCGUCCCCCCAGGCACGUGGGGACCUUCGCCGCCUGCCCAGUUUCCUCCGCCGGCAGGGUCCUACCCGGCGCCAGGACUGUACCCAACGCCGCCCAACCCCUACCAAGUGCCGCCCGCGCCGACUGGAGCCCCGUCCAUGCCUGGCGGCCCUCACCCCUACCGCUGAACUCAUGGCCAUCUGAGGAAGACUGCCCCCCCCACCUGCUAUUGACAAAAAAAAAAAAAAGAAAAGAAAAAAAAAUUGUUUUCAGUAAGCUUUUGGAGUCGAGGAGUGCGCUCACCUUCACGCCUGCCCGAGGUGUGUGAGCGCACCUCUGCGCAAGCAGGUGCAGACGUGACCGUUUUCUUUGUUGAGAUGAAUUAGGAUAAGCGGCCCCAGCGCCACCUCUCUGGUCCUUGCUUGAGUGAGGAUCUCUGCUUGGAACAGGCGGGGGUUGCCCAGGGAGCAAGGAUACUCUGGAGCACCAGCGAUCAUUGCAAUCCAGGAUCAUGGCCGUGUCUGUUUUUAAAUGCUGGACUCCCAGGGCUGGCCAGACUGACAGCCCGUCCCCCUUGUCUGUGUGUUCGGGUUAUUCAAGUCAUUUCAAUAAACGCGAUGUGCUGUAGAGAAAUUCUUGAACAAGCGGGCUCGGUGCACUACCGUCAUUCCUCCCAUUGCAGAGAAGCCAUGCAUGUCCAGCCGGGGGCAACGCUCAGCAUCCAGUUUGGGGAGACAGGGCUCUUGACAUUUACUCGGUGAUCGUUGUAUAAGUCAAUUCACGUGUCCAGGCGGUUGGAAUAGACCGCCCUGGAACAGAGAGCAGCUUUUCUCCCUCAUUUUCAUGAGCCGUCUCGGGAGAAAAGCACACGUUAAAUCGGACUGCUUUUAACCCCAAAGCUACCUGAAUUUCAGUUUCACAGGUGAGCGUCCCGAUCGCCUGACUUCUGCAAACUGAAGUCUGAAUUGUGCGUGCUUUGCAAGGGCGGGGGCAGGAGUAGGGCCGGAGGCCAUCCUUUUUCGGCCAUGAUGGUGGGGCCUUUGAACCACACGUUACUGUGAUUCUUACUUUGAACCUGUGCGCCAUUCCGCCCUGCCCCACGAAGUGCAAUUGGACCCCUUCACUUGGUUAGGCUUCCUGUCCCACAGAUUGGAUGGUGGGCUGUAAUCUCGGAUUAACCAGGACGGUCCGUUGUCGCUGGGGCCACCGCCCCCUGUGCUUGUUCUCAGUUCAUCUCGGCGCACCUGAUAAAGUGUGUGUCCUGCCUUGCAUGUCCCUCUUUCUUCCCUUUGGCUUUUGAAGAGGUUGCCCCUGUGUGGAGUCUCUGCAGCGAGCCAUUUGAGGCAACGUGGCUUUCCUUGUUGGGAUUAGCAGAGCUUUUCAUCAGGAAGCAAGCUUCCAGCAAGUCCACCCUUGAGUAGCCCAAACCGGUAAGAACUGUCUGGUUGGCAGGCGCCCAUAAAUUUGCAUCUGGUCGCUUGGGGACCGACAGGGUGGGUGUCCCACCAGCACGACGGGGCAUGGCGAGGAAAGAGGAGGGUGCUCGAGGCAGGGGGUCUCUUCCAACAGCCCCCACGCCAGUUGGCAGCCCUUCCUUUUUAUGGGUCCCGUGCAGUUUACGGCACUUCCCUCAAAAGGAGGGUCUGCUCCCGCAAGGGCAUUGCAUCUUCCCGGUGUUUUCAAAGCACUGUAACUUGUACCUGGGAAAAUGUGAUUUGUUCCCCAGAAAGUGAUUGCAGGGAAACGCUGCUGUGAAGGGGAUGCAGGCAACAAUGAGAAGUCUUUCCCAUCUCCAGUUUGGGAAGCUGGAGGCCCAAACCCUGAAAUGAAGUCCCAGUAUCUUUCAAACCUCCUCUCUCCUUCCCCCAAACUCUUUGGAGGCUGUGCACUCUUCACAUGUUCUGGAGUGCCCCCUUCACCUUGCAUGCAUGUUUGCAGGGUGGUUGGUGUCUCUCCCGAACUCCUGCGUCCAUUUGGGAUGGCCGGCUGGUCAUGGUUCCCAUGAAAAAUCACCUUACUGUAAGGUACUAAAGCUCAAAUAUAGUUUUGGUAUGUGUUGCCUCUGGAAAGGCCCUGAGAAUAAUCACUGUCAGAACGCCACUCUAAAUCGGUGUGGUUCUGCAGCCGUUUGCCAUGUUGGAUUGCUCCCAUCAGGAGAAAUGUUGGAUUACUCCCAUCAGGAUGAUCUAUUAGGCAAAUUUGGGUUGAUGCGAAAGCCUGCAGGCUCCCUAGAAGGGUGACGUGAAGGAUGAAGUUACCCCUCCUACAGAUCAGCCCAAUUCCCUUGUGCCUUGUGUAUCAACACUGCAUUCUAGGAGCUCCUGGAAAUGAAUUGUUGGAACUUGGUAGAGUUUUUACAAGGCCUGUUUGCAAAGCCUGAUGCUCACAGAAGCAAUUUGUCUUGGUGUCAUCUCUGGGGGACAGUCUGUUCCGGGGUUCCUGAGUGUUGGGACACUCCUGGGCAAGACAGCCUGUGGGUUUGGCUACUGGCGCAACCUUGUCUGUGUCUACUCAGAAGUAAUCCCACUGAGUUCAGCAUGACUUUUACUCGAGGGUAGGUGGGCGUAGGACUGCAGAGUUGGGCCCACAAUGUAGACGGGAGGCAAAAGGCCCCCCCCCCCGCCCCCCGAGGCGAGCGCUGGACCAGAGGGGCCUCUCCUUGAUUAACGUGCUCCAAUUAAGCACAGGCAGCACACAGACUCCGUGCAGGCGGUUGCGUACCAAUUAACCUCCUGUGCUCGGGCAACCCGACUUUUGUGCCAAGAAAAUCUGACUCCCAUAAAGCGUAUGAACCCUGCAGAUUUGCACACGCUCGACUGCGUAAGUGUGAUGCGCUUGCAUAGGAAGGGGCCACAGCCCAUCCCCGGCCCCCACCCAGCGGGCCUUUUCCGUGGCCACUUUGGAAAUCCCAAGGGGGCACUCCUCUUUCACAUCGGCUGAGAUUGUGUGGCCAAUUCCAGGGUGCGCCUCUUCUUUCCAUGGAGAGGUUGCAUAAGCACCAUCACUGCCUACUUGGAAAGACGUUGGCCAGCGCAGAUACUGGUCUCACCUUUUUGCUGCUGGGCGUUCUUGAGAGAAGCAGUUCUGUCUCUGUUCUGGAUGCACAGAAGGUGGCAUUAGGGCAAAAUACCUGUAGAGCCAAUGUUUCGAUGAAAAGCCAGUUAAAAGCGCCCUGCUUGAUCAUCCCCAUCACUCCUUGUUUAAUGAGAAGCGCUUAAAUGCUGACACCCCUUCCUAGGAUUAUGUUUCCCCUCGCCAUGGAAGGCAUUCCUUCAGAAGCAAUUGUUGUUUAAUGCUGUGUAGUAAAACUUAAUGAUUCUGUCCCAAGUGUGAGCAAUUUUUUUGGGCCUGAUGCUUGUUACGCAAUGGAAACUGUAUUGUUCCUAUGGUGUUCUUUGUGAGUUAAAAACUGCUGAAAAGUUUGGGGUGGUUCUUUGGCUUGUGCUUCUGGGAUGGAUAUUUAACUGCAUUUGUUUACAAUAUGGAAUUAUUAAGCAAUCACACUUCUGAAGUAUAGACCGUAUCACCUGCUGCUGUAUUUUUUUUUUCUUUUUAGAUGACAAAUAUUUGCUGUAUGAUGUUAGUGAAGAGGCUUUAAAUACAGGAUCUGAUAUUUUUUUGAAAAUGCUGUCACUUUUUGUAUACAAUUAGACAUUAAACGUAUUUUCAAGAUGA